AAAGAAAAUCAUCACCGGAUCCGUGUCUCCCACUUCUGCUUUCGGUCGCGCGAGAGAGAGAUGUCGUCGCACGGGAACGCAGCGUCGGUGAACGAUCCACGUCAGCCAUCAGCGGCGAAGCCCUACGUGGCGCCGAUGGUGUCCCCGCAAGAUCUCCCUGUCGAUUACUCCGGUUUCAUCGCCGUCAUCUUCGGCAUCGCCGGCGUCAUGUUCCGGUACAAGCUAAGCUCGUGGCUUGCUAUUGUAUUCUGCGCCCAAUCGCUCGUCAACAUGCGGAAUGUCGAGAAUGACCUCAAGCAGAUCUCCAUGGCCAUGAUGUUUGCUAUUAUGGGAUUAGUAACAAACUACUUUGGGCCUGCUCGACCCGGUGCACAAAGUUAAGAUUUCAUGGUCCACAGAGUCAAGACAAACUGAGAUGACAGUUUGAAGGUUCCUUUCUUUGAUGGUGUUUUAUUAUUAUUCCGGGGGAUACUGUUAAUGAAAUUUGCUGUAACAAAUUUGUAGGAAGACUAAAAUCUACCUAUGAUAUUGAAAUUCUUUUCCAUUAUUCCUCACGCCUCCCCCCCUCUCUGCAAUGAAACUGCCUUUUCGUAU